CACCACUGUCUCCAGUGUACGCGUGGAAAGGUUCCUGUUUAUCCGGUGUAUAUGUGGCAAUUGGCAAUAGAUUGCCUAUCAGUCACCGACGAACUCAUCGGACGUUUUGCGUAGAGAUUGUUCAGGCCGGUAUCAGUUCCAGGGUCUACCGAAAAGAAAGUCAUGGCAUCUACACGAGUCGGUCAAAUUCUUUUUUCCACAACCCUGCAGAGUGUCAGAAAACCAUACCAAUUUUCUACCAAUAUUAGAUAUUAUUGUUGUCACAUUAAAAACUAUGAGUUCAUCAAGGUUGAGACAACAGGGGAGAAAAACAAUGUUGGUUUGAUUACCCUGAAUAGACCAAAGGCAUUAAAUGCUUUGUGUGAUGGUUUGAUGACUGAGGUGAAUGAUGCUGUUUCCAAGUUCGACAAGAAUGAUAGCAUUGGGGCCAUUGUACUUACAGGCAGCGAGAAAGCCUUUGCAGCUGGGGCUGAUAUAAAGGAGAUGCAGAACAACACAUAUUCCCAGACAAUUAGAGGCAACUUCCUGACUAGUUGGGAUGGAGUAUCCAAGGCUAGAAAGCCUAUAAUUGCUGCAGUGAAUGGCUACGCUCUAGGUGGUGGCUGCGAGUUAGCUAUGAUGUGUGACAUAAUCUAUGCUGGUGAGAAGGCUAGGUUUGGUCAACCAGAAAUUGCCAUUGGAACAAUUCCUGGUGCUGGUGGCACUCAGAGAUUAACCAGAGUUGUUGGCAAGAGCAAAGCAAUGGAGAUGGUACUGACAGGAAAUCAGAUCACUGCUGAGGAAGCAGAAAAAAGAGGUCUUGUCAGUAAAGUCGUCCCAGCGGAUCAGUUAGUUACAGAGGCAGUCAAGUUGGGUGAAAAAAUUGCCUCUCAUUCACAGUUGAUCGUUGGCAUGGCCAAGGAAGCUGUCAAUACUGCCUAUGAAACAACCUUGCAAGAAGGACUCCACUUUGAAAAAAGAACGUUCCAUGGUACUUUUGCAACGGCUGACAGGAAAGAGGGGAUGACAGCGUUUAUCGAAAAGAGACCGCCCAAAUUUACAAACGAAUAGACGAUAUUACUGUUAUCUCGAAUUGGGGUAUAAUUGUGUAAGUGAUCCUAUUUUUGUAUUACCACUUUUUUUGUACCUACAGAUAAAUGUUAAUAUACACUUGUUAUCGAGGAUAUUAUCUCAAAUAAAUUUUUCUACUUAUUCUA